UACCUUUAAAUGGCAAACGAAAGGAAAAUUUCAUCAUCAGGGUGGUGUGUCCUUCUGCACAGACUAUAAAAGCCACAUGAUCUGCUCAACUCUCCAUACUCCUGUUUUGUUCUCCCAGCUGCCUUGCUGUUCGGUGACCAGGACACCAAAAUGAGUGCAAAAAUGUCUCCUAACGAACUGAAGAGCAUUUUUGAAAAAUACGCAGCUAAAGAAGGUGAUCCAAAUCAGCUGUCGAAAGAGGAGCUGAGACUAUUGAUUCAGACUGAAUUCCCCAGUUUACUAAAAGGUCCAAACACCCUAGAGGAUCUUUUUAAAGAACUGGACAAGAAUGGAGAUGGAGAAGUUAGUUUUGAAGAAUUCCAGGGGUUACUCAACAAGUUAUCCCAGUAAAAGAAAAAAACAAAAUGAUACCAUUCUGCUCACCAAGAGAAGAGCACCUGGAAAGAGUCAUAUUCUACAUGGAGUCCCCAAUGUCUCUAUUAAGUUCUUUCCAAUUAUAACGAUCUUGUAGUGAUAGCCAAUUACUGCUAAUAAAGAAAUUCUUAAGACAUGC